CGCGCGCGGUCUUUGCCGACAAAACAAAUUUUUCAUUUUUAUGAUAAAAAGAAUUGGUAAAUUUUCGCGAUGCCCGAGAAUGUACAAGGUACUUUUGUUUCGGAAAAAAUCUCCAAAAUUAGGUGGAAACAUGAAGAUUUCGCUGAUGCUAAGCACUUUUUGACGGGGAGUUGGGACGACCCGGUCAAUAAGAUUAGUUACUGGACAUUUCAAAAAAAUGAUGAAGAAGAAUUAUACCCUGUUAAUAUUGCAUCACAUAUAGUAAUUGGUGACGUUACUGAGAUUAAAUUUAUUGGAAAAAAUGAAUUUGUUUCUUCGUCUUCUCAAGGUAAUGUGAAAGUUUUCAAACUCCAAGAAGACCCAUAUUGUGAAAUAAAAGAAAUAAAUGCCUGGAAUGGUAUUCACAAGUUCAAUAUCACAAAAGAACCAGCAUCAUGUACAGCUUUAUCAACAUUUGAACAAGAUAUUGUUACUGUUGGAGAAGAUGGUAGGAUAAAUUUACUAACAGCACAACAGAUAAAUCCAGUUAGAGUAAUAGAAGAUGCAGAUAGUUGUUCUUUGUAUUGUGUGGAUUUUUUGCGUCACAGUGAAAUCCUCACAGGAAAUAUUAGAGGUCACAUGAAAGUUUGGGAUUUGAGGAGUAAUCAAGAUACACCUGCAACAUCAAUCAUGCUUUCAUGUUUUCAUGGCUCUGAUCAAGCAAAAACAGAAGCAACAAGUAUUGCUCAUCAUCCAACUCAAAAGCAUAUAGUUGUAGCUGGUGGUGGAGAUGGCAGUCUUACUGUUUGGGACUUGCGUUACAAUACAUAUCCAAUUAGUCAACUAAGUGCACAUGCAAAAAGUGUUAGUGAAAUUUUAUUCCAUAAAGACAGACCAGAGAAUUUGUUUUCUUGUUCUAUCAGUGGGGAAUUGUGGCACUGGAAUAACACUCAGCAUUCAAAGUUAAAACUAGAUACAACAGAUUCUCACUGGUUAAACACAAUAAAUAAUAAGGGAAAAUGUCAAGUAAACUCCCUAUGCACACCUUUGCACAAACCAAUAAAUAGCAUUGAUAUUGACAAGACGUCUAUGCUAUUUGGAUGUGAUAAUGAAGCAAUAUAUAUUAUACGAAAUUUGAAUGUUUAAGAUUUACACAUAAUUUGUAAAAUUAAAGAAUAGAGAUUAAGAAAUUGAUAGAAAAUUGCUUUUGUGUUAAUUGUUGAUAAGUUUUAAAUUAAUUGAUUUUUUUCAUUUGUAAUAUUUAUAUUUAAUGUGCAACAAAUAAACCAACAUUUUUUAAUAGAUAUUCCUCGAACAGUUUAUUUACAGAGAUCGAAACUUCUAUUUAAACAUAAUCGCUCUA